GUGGGAGUGCCGAACGAAUGGCCUUUGUCCAGAGGGAGGGGUUCCCCUUUCCUACCUGGUUGGUCUGCAGAGGAUCUGUGUUACAUAAGAGCAGCUCAGACCCUGUUGAAUUGUACGGGUGGAGUUUGCUAUUCCUGAUGGAAGAAACCCCCAGGUCAUACCCUAAGGACCGAAUUAAACUUGUAUGCGGCAUAUGCACCAGCUGAAUAGCAGCAGGCAUUUAACCCCCACCGCGUUUACAAAAAGUAUUCCAGUUUGUGUUCCCCCCACCCUUCCCUCUUCUCCACCCCGUGGCAGGCAUAGAGGUGAAAUGCAGGUGGAAGGGCCUUGGGCAGAGACCCUAAGAUUUGAAUGCGCAAGAACAGGUGACUGGUUCCCAGCCUGUCCAGAGAUAUGGGAUAGGAGACCUGGCAAAGAGCUCCGUCAGAAGCAUCGCAGAUCUGUGGCUGGCCAGAAUAAGCAGGAAGAGGCCAAGCGGCCUGGUCGUCUCCCUUGGUGGUUGCCUCUGUGUUAUAAAGAACAUUUAUUUGCUUAAUCGAUGGACUUAUUAGAUUCAUACCCCACCUUUUUCCUUAGCACUCAAAGCAGCUUACAUCCUCUUCCUCUGCCUGCUCUCCAUCGCAGCCCCACAACAAGCCAAUCCACAACCAGUUCUGUGCCGACGUCCCAGUGCACAGAGCCUCCAUCGCUCCCACUUCCUCCUGUGCGUCCUAGUUUGUUCCAGCCCUGCAUUCAGGGGCUCUCCUGGCUCCAUCGGAGUCUUAGGUGGAAGAGAGAGAUCAAACUACCAGUCCUUGGUGUUCUUGCUGCCCCAAAUGGCAGAUAUCUUCUCCCCAUGACUUCACAUAGAUGUCGAAAGCCAGUAUUUGGCUAAGGAAGUAAUCUUAUUGUGAAAACUGCAAGUGUUUAGCUGUAAUUUUCUCAGUAUUGCAGGAGGAGAAGGGCAGCAGAUGCAGCGGAUUCAAAAUAAAAUCCCUACCUCUGCACUUUCGGAGACGGAUUUGUUUGAGGACUGAAAGCUAUUCAUGUAACUGGAUUGGCACAAGUCAGCCAAACUCCCUCCCAAGUUUCUAAGCCAAGUUGCAAGUUGGUCACAUUUUGCUGUCAGUGACUUCCAGAUUCAGGUCUGAAUGGCAAGUACUUCAAGCUGAAGGAAAGGUUGCUUUGCCCCACACGUAAAGCACAGAAAAUGGAAGAAUUUGAGCGAUGAAAUGAAAGUCGUAUGCCUCGUAGUGGAUUGAUGCACUAAUGUAAUGCCAGGCUAUGACUGGGUAUUAGAUGGAGGAGCGUUUAAGGACUGCCAAGCGUGUUGCAGAUGAACUAAGCCAAUUCAUGGGGUUGUUUUACUUAUUCUGGCAGUGUGGCCCUCACCUCACUCUUGGUAGCAAACUCUGUUUGGCAGUGUGGCGUCAGGGCAUCUUCCCUUUUGUGAUGUGGUCCUUUGUUGGCUUGGAUAUGCCGGCGAAGUUAAUCCAGGAAGAAGAUGCUGUAACGAGGGGGCAGAGAAGUGCCCCAGAGCAGCGAGGGACUUAGCAGACUGUCCUGCAUGGCCCGGGGAAGGCCUGGCAUUUUUUAAAAAAUGGUUUUUGAAAAAGGUUUGGCAUUUAAAAAGGGUUGGGGAAAGUUUUCUUUUGGACUCUUUGCACUGCUGCCAGAUUUCACCUCGGCUGUUACUGCUCUUUCAUUUGGCAUGUUAAACUUCUGUAGCACGGUUUAUGCUGCGCUUUAUAGUUUCAGUGGUUGGGAACUGCUCAGAGGGUUUGGGCUAUUGGACGUUAUCAAAAUUACGCAAUGGAAUGAGAGGCCUGCUUUCUGGCCUGUAACCUGAGAUGGGGGCAAGGGUUUAAACAUAUCCCCUGCAGAUUGGUAGGUUGAAAUGCCUGUCGUCUGAGUCCUGACUAAGUGCUUAUCGUAUUUCAAUUAUUAAGAGCCCAAAUUAAGUUACUGUAAAGAACAUUCUUCGCUUUCAGACGUGGCACAUAAAGAGGGGGCUGUGCAAAAGACUCUUCUCCUAUUCCUGAGUAGGAGAGGUGGUACUCUUCAGGUCUGCCCUAACUCAGCAUCCCCUGGUUUGAGUCCAACGCAUCUGGAAAGCACCAAACUGAGGAAGGCUGCUGCUUUGUCAUCUUCUCCUUCUCCUAUUGCAUUUACAACCCAGCUUUUUCCUCUCGUGAGCAUUCACGCAGCUCACACAGUUCUGUUCUGUCAUAACAACAACCCUGUGAGGUAGGUUGGGCUGUGAGUCUGGUUGGUCAAAAGUCACCAAUGGACUUCAUGGCUGAGUGACAAGAACCCAGUUUUCCCGAGUUCCCCACACCACACUGACUUACAAAUAUUUGGUGCUCCCUCGUUAGAUCAGCUUUCCCCAACCUUGUGCUUUCCAGACACAUUUGGACUGCAACACCCAGAAUCCCCCAGUCAGUUGCCCUGCUGGAUGGGAAUUCUGGGAAUUGCAGUCCAAGUGCCUCUGAGGGCGGCCACGAGGUUGGGGAAGCUGCUUUAGAUAAUUCAAGUUCAGGGACCUGUUUGCCAUAUUGGUGUCAUGUGAGUGUUUACUAUCUGCACCUCGGAUAGAAUCUCGUACCCAACUCAUUUUGUCAUGUUUGAUUCUAAAGCCCACCCAUUUGAAUAUUUUAGUUUAAAAUGUAACUCUGGGUUGCAUUUGCAAUUCUAUGGAAUGGAAUCUUCAUUUAAUGCAGAAGGGAGAAAAACUGAAUUCUAAAUAGCUUUCCCCUCUCGUGAAUAUAUUUAUGCAGGUGUCAAUUUGGUGGGUUGUCUGUUUGUUUGUUUUUAAGAAAACCAAGAAUCCUACUAAACACUUUUACAUACCAAAAGAAAAGACAGCCCUGCCCUCAGGCUUAAAAUCCAAACGCAUUUGUCAAACCCCUGUCAAAGUGCUAGCGCUGCUGGUUUAAAAUUUGGACGUUGCUGCGCAGUAACGCCAGAAUGCAUUUUGCUCCUUGUUUGGCACAUGAGGUGUUCACCUGCUCGCAAGUGGAGGAGUCUGGAUCGGUGCACACACCUUGCAUGAAGCAACCUGUGCGGGGAACCCAGGGAAGGCGGCUGCAGCAGUCUGUGCGCAGCUUUUCUCUUUGGCCUGCAUGGGUGCAGUUUCUGGGUUCCCAGAUUUUUAUGGCUCUGAAUUAGGGUUUGUUGCCAAGUGCAGCUGGUGGGUACUUCUGCAUCCUGCAGAGAAAGACGUUGCACUCAGAAAUCGGGGACUGCUCUGUGUACCAUCUCGCAAUAAACAUCUGCUUCUCUCCCUCCCUCAGGCCCUGUUGUUGCUGGGUGGCGUUGCUCUGUCCUGCCUCGCUCUGGAUCUCCUCUUCCUCCUCUUCUAUUCCUUCUGGUUGUGUUGUCGCCACCGCAAGACAGAAGAGCAGCUGAACGCAGAUUGUUGCUGCACCGCCUGGUGCGUCAUCAUCGCAACUCUGGUCUGCAGUGCUGGCAUAGCUGUUGGCUUCUAUGGGAAUGGGGAGACCAGCGACGGCAUCCACCGGCUGACGUACUCCCUGCGGCACGCCAAUCGCACUGUUGCUGGAGUCCACGAGCGGGUGUUCGACACUGCCGUUGCUCUGAACAAAACCGCAGAGCCCAACCUGGGGGACCUCGAGGCCAUCUUCGCCAAGCAUACAGAUUACCUGCGUAUUGUUCAAAAGCUCCAGGGACUCCUGGACGAACUCGUGCAGCAGACAACAGAGAUUCCUUUCUGGAAAAAUGACGAGGUCUCCCUGGAAGAGCUGGCGAUUCAUAUUGACCUGUAUGACUGGUACAGAUGGCUUGGAUAUUUGGGUCUACUCUUAUUCCACGUCAUUAUCUGUUUACUGGUGCUAUUUGGACUAAUUAGAAACUCAAAGGCCAUUCUUAUAGGCGUAUGUCUCCUAGGGGUGUUUGCCCUCAUUGUGAGCUGGGGUUCCCUGGGUCUGGAGCUGGCCAUCGCUGUGGGCUCCAGUGACUUUUGUGUCAACCCCGAUGCCUUUGUCUCCAAAGUGGUGGACGACUACGCGGUGCUCACGACGGAUACUCUGAACUAUUACCUAGUCUGCAGUGCCGGCUACCCAAAUCCCUUCCAGCAGAAAUUGUCAGGAAGUCACAAAGCCUUGGUGGAAAUGCAGGAUGACGUGCAGAAGCUCAUGAGGCUGGCCGUCAAGGAAUACCCCACUUCUAAGGAGUACCUUAAUCGGAUUCAGGAAGUUCUGAACUCCACAGAAAUCAACUUGCAGCACCUGACUGCCUUGGUGGACUGCCGGAGUCUGCAUUUGGAUUACAUCCAGGCUCUGACAGGCUUCUGCUACGACGGCGUGGAAGGGCUCAUCUACCUGGUCCUCUUCUCGUUCGUCACAGCCCUCAUGUUCAGCUCCAUCGUGUGCAGCGUCCCCCACACUUGGCAGCAGAAGAGGUGCGUACACGGAAGAAGGCACGCUUGCGCCGGCGGAGGGAAAGGGCCACCGCUGUGCUCAGUUUGGGCAAGCGAUCCCAGGAGCUCUGACGAGGAUGGAGAGGACGAAUCUGCAGCCCAAGGAAACAGGCAGACGCAUGACAACUUGUACCGGGUGCACAUGCCCAGCCUGUACAGCUGUGGGAGCAGCUAUGGCAGCGAGACGAGCAUCCCGGCCGCAGCGCACACCGUCAGCAACGCCCCAGUCACGGAGUACAUGAGCCAGAAUGCAAAUUUCCAGAAUCCCCGUUGUGAGAAUACUCCUUUGAUCGGCCGGGAGUCCCCACCUCCUUCUUUGUAUUUAGCUGCCCUGGACAGUAGCAGCCAUAUGACUUGGCAGCUUAAGCCCUCGGACAGUGCUCGGACGUACUGGUAACAGCGCCCACAAAAGCAAACAGUACACCUCCAGCAUGAGAGCUAAAUACCUCGCCACCAACCAGCCUCGGCCGGACUCUGGCAGUGUGCAUUAAAAAAAACUGGAACAUGUUUUAAGUACAUAACAGAAAAACAGGAACAAAACGUGCCAGCUGGUGCCAUUCUAUGCUCUCCUUGCAGAACUGCUUUUGUUUCCCCCCCUCUCUCCGGAAUCCAGUUGCUUUCCCUGCUUCUUCUCCCCUCUGGCCUGAUACCUGCCCACCUGGGGCAAACCUGUGUGGAACCUGCUUACAGAUUCUGGCUCGGCUUGCUUGCACCGUGUGCUUGGAGAGAGAAACGAUUCGCAUGCAUGCGCACACGUGCCGAAGACUCCCGCUUCCUCCGCAUUUGUCGGCAGCCAAUUGGAAAAUUGCGAGCGGCUCGCCUUCACCCUCGUCCUCUCCCGAACCCAGAGGGGAUGAAACGUGUCUGGUGACACGAUCCUAGAAAAAGCGAAUCCUUGUGCGGGAGCGCUUGCGGCAGUCCUCUUUCGAAGCACCCUUCAGUUCAGACGCCACCCUUGAGCUUGGAAACGCCCGGCUCUUUCUGUAAAUCUCUCCCCUCCGUGCUGCUUCGAAGACAACUCUCCUUCUUCCGGCAUCAACACAUCUCUCGUUCGUUUCUUCCAUUUUCGAAAGAGAAGGUCUGCAGACUGGAUCCUCCACUUCUGUGGGUAUUGGAUACCUCCAGUUCAAGGUGGCUUCUCUCUCUUUGCACCUGGGGAGCAGUCGGGGGCUUCCUGUACCAGCUACGCUAAGCAUGUGCACACACACAGACACCACACACAGACACACACCGUUUGUGCUGCAAUUCGCCCGUUCCACUCGGUUGCUGCACCUCCUCAUAGCGAUCAGCAAAGAGCCUCGGAGUUCGAUGUACAAACGUGAAACUGGAGCCAGCGGUCCUUUCGGUGCCAAAACAUGCCAGGAAAAUAUGUAAGAAGCAUUUGUCAAGCUAAGGGGAAGCAUCUGGACUCUGCACUUCUCUGCCGGGUGUGCAUUUAGCGUGCAACGAGCGCAAACAGGAGUGCUAGGGCGAAGGGGUCCGUAACAGACGGGGUCCCGACUCGCUGGCGGAGUAGAUUGUCCAGCCACGGUCUGACUGACGCUUCCGAGUUCGGAGGCCUGCCUUGGGUCCUGGAGUACUGACUUCCGGUGUAGUUCUCGGGAACUCUGCAGUACAUCGGAACACGCGCGGCUCUCCUGUAUCCCGGGAUCAGAAAGCAAAGCAAAGGCCAAAGCUUGUGACGCCCCAGCACAUUUACGGAGGGGGGUCCCAUCCUGCUGUGGGCGGUUGUGCAGCUCCCGCCUCUAAAUUGCACAGACUGCGUGUGGCCCAGCUCCAGGUGCCUCCGGAGGUCCAAAUCGGUGCUUACCUGCUCCACACUUCCAGCUGCACUGAAGAUGCUCUGUAUUCAGGGAAGAAGUUAGUCCUUGCAGGGAAGCACUGGACAACGCUUCACCUUCGGUGCUCCAGGUUCCCGGAGAACUCAGUCCUGCAGGGGGUUGAGAGAAGCCCGGGGAACACUCUAGUGUCUGCUGGGAGAGACAUCUUGGUCUGGUUUCCCUCACGUGGUUGCGAGAACCGUGGCCACCUCAAACGUGUCCCUACAGAAGGCAUGACUAAAUCAGACCCUGUUGUGAUCACUUGGCUCACAGAGGAAAACUGGGACGCCUUUCAGUGGGAAGAUGCUUCUUCCAAGUCAUCAUGUGCAGAGAUACUCUUUUCAGGUUUCUGGCUGAGAAGAUGGAGGAAGCUAGAGGACCGUAAAUGCCUGGAUGCAGGGCAGGAAAAAUGGAUAAAGCCAUCUCGUCAGUUUUCAAAGAAGCUCAGGGUCAGUCGAUCAGCUGUAUGUGCAUACAAACAGCCCAAGAACUAAGUGCACCGUUCAGUCGAGAAUGAAGGAAACAGAGCAUCCGGUAUUAUCAGGAGAGUAGACUAACAUUUUGGGCCGGGCAAGACGCAACACCUCAGGUCUGGGGGCCAGGCCUGCCCUUGCAGGGCUCCUCAGAAAGCCUCGGUCUCGCCCACUCUUCUCCAACCAGCAGUGGUCCGGCGUUUUUUCUGGGUUUUGUGCAUUUCCCCGCAUUCUAAAAGACUAGAGUUAAGCCUUAGCAAAGACACGAAGAGUGUCUAGUUACAAUAGGCUCGCACUUUUGGUUUGAGGCCUGGCCCAUCCCUGCAGCGUGGGCCUCCCAGGUGCUGCUUCAGAGUACAGUUUGUCCCUUGGGGUGAACUACUUUAUGGAAAUCAAGCAGUUGUGCAAAUUAGCCAGCCCUCUCUACUGCAAACACGCACACCCCCAGCCUCUUGCGAGAGAGCUUCCCCUCAGCCCGGGCCGCACAACACCUGCCUUUUCGCUUGUGAGGACCGUCGCCCUUGUUCCAGAGCCACAAAGCAGGGCGUGCCACCCAGUCCCACCUGGGGUCCACAGCUCAUCCUGGCUUUCCUGAGGGUACCUGCCGUGCGCGUGUUGCCCAAACACCUGUCUGUCCCUGGUUCACAGUUCGAAGUACGCACCUGAGCAGGAGGUUACUGGUGCACCCCUGAGCUCGCUCAGCAUCCCUGCUAAUUGCAUGGGGAAGGUGCCCUGAAGGGCCCUCCUUGGGGUAGAUUUGAAAGGCAGGCAAGGUGCCCCUUCCAACAAGACCCCCUCCCCACUCCUCGAGUUGGAAGAGCAAGGCACCUAGUCACUGCUAGUCUUAACGAUCCGAAGGAAAGGACCAAUAACCCGCCACAAUAACCAAGAUACUCCAAGGAGUAGCCACUAUUUACACAGCAGAGGCCUGCCAGUGGUCGCCACCCGCAGAUUUGCGCUGCCUCCUCAAGUGACUUUACAAGGACAUGUAAUACUACAAGACACACGGCAAGGUCUCUUGGAUCCCGCCGGUUGGAAACGACUCCUCAGCUUCCGUGGAGACUCGCCGUACUGACCCGCCCCGUUUGAAUUCAUGCAGGAUCUUGGCAUAUUUCAGUCAAAUAACUCAACUUGGUUUUUUAUUGAAACCGUACAGAAAUACGGAUUUCCAGGCAACACCAGCAGCACCGGGGGGGAGGGGGGAUCUCCCAGGGCAAGUCUCAACGGAUCUACUUCAGAAAACCGGGGGAUCGUGCAUGUGCGGAAGGAGAAGCUCAUGCGUCGGUGUCCUGCAGGUGAGAGAGGGGCUGUACCAUCUCUGACAAGGUACCGGUGUUCGCUGCAGGGCUCCAGCUUUCCUGCCGUCAUGUCUUCUCCUGCCUCCUCGAGAGUCAGUUUCCAAGCAGGCUGCUAACUGGCCAGCGGUAUCUCUGAGCCGGCUUCAGCGCCUAGCAGGGCUCUUAAGCGUUUUUGGCAUUGCGAGUGAAACCGACAGAAGACUUUAUUUUUCUCUUUGCGUAAGUUGUUUGAGUUUUUAAAUAACGUGACGAAACCUCAGCCCCCCUUUGCUCGGAACGAGCCCUGGCCAACUUCCUCAGCAGCUCUCAAAUGCCUUCAAGACCGUUGCCACACGUUUUUCUCGGCGUGACGUUUCCCGACCUCCGGAGGAAGAAGUGACCGACAUCUGGUCCUGAAUCCCAGCGAGGUGGCAGCAUACUGAAUCGGGGAACUGGAACUGUAGCGACUCGACAUUUUUGUUCUCCCCUCCCUCCCGAAACUCUGCACAGCACACACAUGGCCAUCUGCUUGUUCCAUCAAUUCAGUUGUUUUUCCUUAGCAUAAUCACAGCACUUUUAAAACCAACAACGAAAUUGUGAACCGAGAACCUUUUCAAGCACACAAACAUCUCCACAAUGUGAAAUGUAUAUAGCAUGUUUGGACUCCUGACGUCCUGUGUUCCAGGCUGCAUUGUAAUUUAAAAAAAGAAGAAGAAAGAAA